AUGUCUUGGGGUGAGUUCAUUGAGCUCCGUGAGUUGAGGCUGCAUGACAAUGACCAGAUAGAGCUGACCAGCUGCGAGGUGCCUCGCUCACCACCUCGCCUAGAGCGGGCCAAUGCCCUGCGGAUCAGCCCAGGGAAGGUCCCAGAGCUGCUCAGACGGGUGGGCAUCAUCCGACUGCUGGGGGACAGCCUGGACCCACGGCUCACAGAUGAGAGGGGAGAGGGACAUGACUUCCAGCCCUGCAGCCAUGCCCAGCCCACCUGGUGUGACCUGUGUGGAGACUUCAUCUGGGGACUGUACAAACAGAGCCUGCGCUGUGCCAGUGAGUCUGCCUCCAGCUGCUGCACAGGAUUUACUUGCAUGAUUAUGAUUAAGAUUGCAUGUCUGCAUACAUGUAUGUCACAGGCGGCCAGUGGCACCUUAAUUGGGGAGGACGGGCUCAUAGUAAGGGCUGGAACGGCAUUAAUGGAAUUGUAUCAAACAUACAUGGUAUGUGGUUGAUACCAUUCCAUUCAUUCCAUUCCAGCCAUUAUUAUGAGCCGUCCUGCCCUCAGCAGCAUCCUGUGAUAUGUAGGCCUAUGUGCAUGAGUGUUAUUGGGUUUAACUAUGGCUAGCCUAUGAGAAUGUGUUUCAAGGUAGUCUACACCAAUGUAAUGAAACAGGCAGGGAGUGUGGCGCGAACCCUCGACCUUCUGGUCCGUGCCCCGCGGAAUUCGAAAGCAUGGUCAAGUGGCAGAGUCGAUAUCCGCACUUAUAGACCAGGGUCGCAACAGUAUUAUAUAGCCUGUUUGUGUGUGCAUAGGAUAUACUGUAUGUGUGUUUGUUUAUGUAUAUGCCAGGCCGUAUAGCUUUAGGUCAUUGUUCCUCAGCUGGACUAACUGGGCUUUUUGUGAGACUGGCUCUAUUCACAGGACUCAGUAUUCAUUAGGCCUGAAUAGGCUUUAAUGAGGAGUUUCUGCAAAGAGGGACAUUACCAUUCCCAGCAGCAAAGAACCAGCUGAGAACUGAACCGCUCGCCUGUAAAUCCCAGACCCUGUUUUAGCUCUGGAGUACUUGUCAAAACAAAACUCCCAAAUUCAGUCAGCUGUUGGCGGCAGUCUAUUCAUGAGGGCUUUAAGAUUGAUCUAGUGUUUUUUUGUGUCUUUGUUGGUACAUGCUGUCGGUUGGUUGGUAUCCUGCACCACUUUCCUCUUGCAUAAUCUUCAAAGUUUACACUAUGAACUUCCUUUCCUCUGGCUGAAACCUGCCCUUUGUAUUGUUAUGUGUGGCCAUUACAUGUGGGGAGAGAUAAUUGUCUGAAGUGUAGCCUAUGUCUGAAGUUUAUUGGGAAUAUGCUGGUAAAAUCUCAUGAAUACACCUGUUUAUUUGUCAAAGAAUCCAUCUACUGUCUAGCAAUACUUGUCUGAUCAUGUCCUGUUUGAUUAGUUAGUGACCAAAUUGAAGUCAAAUUAGUCUGUGACUGGUUUUCUCUGUCAAAUGUGUAAUGACUCCCUGUGGCCAGUGGAGGAGAGCAGAUAAAUUAGAAUCCCAAAAUGUCCCAAAACUGGAGGGAGGGAACGGAAGGGAUGUCCUAAAAUUAUCAAAUGGAAGUUUCUGUGCCAGUGCGCACCACUUUUUUUCAUAGCCAACAUUUCCUUACAUCUGUGGAGAAGGCACAACAUUGAUUACAACCGUGAUCUGAUCAUAUCCUGUUUUUAAUUAAUCACUUCUCUUUUCUCACAGAUUGCGGAUUCACAUGUCACUAUCGAUGUCGACCUCUCAUCCAAUUAGAUUGCAGUUUGGAUCGCGGCUCCAUAGUUGAACAAACAUGUGCUGUAGAACACACCAUAGAGACUGAUACAAAUGUGGUAAGAAUCUCAUGAUCUGAUGUAUGCGUGUCAUUUCAUGUGUUUUCUCUACUUAACCUCAUAUUCACCGGCCACAUCAUGUGUCAUGACCACUACCUAUCCACUAUUCAGACCAUACUCUUUGUGGUGACUUGAUGUCUGCACACUCUCUGUAUUCAGUCACGCUAUUCUUCUUUUCUUUCUAUUCAUUUUUCUUUCUAUUACAUGAUCCCCCUGUGUCAGGUUUUUCAGUUCAGAUCCUCUCUCUCACCAUUUCCUUUGGCUAUGGUAGCCUAUAUACAGUGCAUUCUGAAAGUAUCAUUACUUUAAGACAUGAUGUUGAGAUGUUCUCUGUGAAGCAUUUAUUUGGGCUGAACUCUGUGAAGCAUUUAUUUGGGCUGCAAUCUGAGGUGCAGUUAACUCAAAUGAAUUUAUCCUCUGCAGCAGAGGUAACUCUGGGUCUUCCUUUCCUGUGGCGGUCCUCAUGAGAGCCAGUUUCAUCAUAGCGCUUGAUGGUUUUUGCAACUGCACUUGAAGAAACUUUCAAAGUUCUUCAAAUUUUCCGGGUUGAUUGACCUUCAACUGUUCAGAGGAGACUGCGUGAAUCAGGCCUUCAUGGUCAAAUUGCUGCAAGGAAACCACUACUAAAGGACACCAAUAAAAAUAAGAGACUUGCUUGGGCCAAGAAACAUGAGCAAUGGACAUUAGACCGGUGGAAAUCUGUCCUUUUGUCUGAUGAGUCCAAAUUUGAGAUUUUUGGUUCCAACCGCCAUGUCUUUUUGAGACACGGAGUAGGUGAAAAAUGAUCUCUGCAUGUGUGGUUCCCACCGUGAAGCAUGGAGAAGGAGGUUUGAUGGUGUGGGAGUGCUUUGCAGGUGACACUGUCUGUGAUUUUUUAGAAUUCAAGGCACACUUAACCAGCAUGGCUACCACAGCAUUCUGCAGCGAUAUGCCAUCCCAUCUGGUUUGCGCUUAGUGGGACUAUCAUUUGUUUUUCAACAUGACAACGACCCAAAACACACCUCCAGGCUGUGUAAGGGCUAUUUGACCAAGAAGGAGUGAUGGAGUGCUGCAUCAGAUGACCUGGCCUCCACAAUCACCCGACCUCAACCCAAUUGAGAUGGUUUGGGAUGAGUUGGACCGCAGAGUGAAGGAAAAGCAGCAAACAAGUGCUCAGCAUAUGUGGGAACUCCUUCAAGACUAUUGGAAAAGCAUUCCUCAUGAAGGUGGUUGAGAGAAUGCCAAGAGUGUGCAAAGCUGUCAUCAAGGAAAAGGGUGGCUACUUUGAAGAAUCUCAAAUGUUUUGAUUUGUUUAAUACUUUUUUGGUUACUACAUGAUUUCAUAUGUGUUAUUUCAUAGUUUUGAUGUCUUCACUAUUAUUAUACAAUGUAGAAAAUAGUAAAAAUAAAGAAAAACCCUGGAAUGAGUAGGUGUGUCCAAACUUUUGACUCGUACAGUAUUUAAAUAAUGUAUUUCUAAUAACCCGUUUUUUGCUUUGUCAUUAUGGGGUAUUGUGUGUAGAUAUUUAAUCCAUUGUAGAUAUUUAAUCCAUUUUAAAAUAAGGCUGUAAUUUUAAUGUGGAAGAAGUCUAGGGGUCUGAAUACUUUCCGAGUGCACUGUAGGGGCAUCAAUCACUUAUAGGGUUUCUUAUCUGAUCUAUUUCUUUUUCUCUGAAGUGGUGCUGUUCUCUGUAGACCCCCAAGCCUACAUGUCUAUAUUUUUAUAUAUUUAUUUAACCUUUAUUUAACCAGGUAAGCCAGUUGAGAACAAGUUCUCAUUUACAACUGCGACCUGGCCAAGAUAAGCAAAGCAGUGCGAUAAAAACAACAACACAGAGUUACAUAUGGGGUAAAACAUUUACAUUUUACAUUUUCGUCAUUUAGCAGACGCUCUUAUCCAGAGCGACUUACAAAUUGGUGCAUUCACCUUAUGAUAGCCAGUGGGACAACCACUUUACAAUUGUUUUUUUAUUUUUAUUUUGGGGGGUGGGGUAAGGGGGGGUAGAAGGAUUACUUUAUCCUAUCCCAGGUAUUCCUUAAAGAGGUGGGGUUUCAAGUGACUCCGGAAGGUGGUGAAUGACUACGCUGUCCUGGCGUCGUGAGGGAGCUUGUUCCACCAUUGGGGUGCCAGAGCAGCGAACAGUUUUGACUGGGCUGAGCGGGAACUGUGCUUCCGCAGAGGUAGGGGAGCCAGCAGGCCAGAGGUGGAUGAACGCAAUGCCCUCGUUUGGGUGUAGGGACUGAUCAGAGCCUGAAGGUACGGAGGUGCCGUUCCCUUCACAGCUCCGUAGGCAAGCACCAUGGUCUUGUAGCAGAUGCAAGCUUCAACUGGAAGCCAGUGGAGUGUGUGGAGGAGCGGGGUGACGUGAGAGAACAUGGGAAGGUUGAACACCAGACGGGCUGCGGCGUUCUGGAUGAGUUGUAAGGGUUUAAUGGCACAGGCAGGGAGCCCAGCCAACAGUGAGUUGCAGUAAUCCAGACGGGAGAUGACAAGUGCCUGGAUUAGGCCCUGUGCUGCUUCCUGUGUAAGGCGAAUGUUGUAGAGCAUGAACCUACAGGAUCGGGUCACCGCCUUGAUGUUAGCGGAGAAUGACAGGGUGUUGUCCAGGGUCACGCCAACGCUCUUUGCACUCUGGGAGGAGGACACAACGGAGUUGUCAACCGUGAUGGCGAGAUCAUGGAACGGGCAGUCCUUCCCCGGGAGGAAGAGCAGCUCCGUCUUGCCGAGGUUCAGCUUGAGGUGGUGAUCCGUCAUCCACACUGAUAUGUCUGCCAGACAUGCAGAGUUGCGAUUCGCCACCUGGUUAUCAGAAGGGGGAAAGGAGAAGAUUAAUUGUGUGUCGUCUGCGUAGCAAUGAUAGGAGAGGCCAUGUGAAGAUAUGACAGAGCCAAGUGACUUGGUGUAUAGCGAGAAUAGGAGAGGGCCUAGAACUGAGCCCUGGGGGACACCAGUGGUGAGAGCACGUGGUGCGGAGACAGAUUCUCACCACGCCACCUGGUAGGAGCGACCUGUCAGGUAGGAAGCAAUCCAAGAGUGAGCCGCGCCGGAGAUGCCCAACUCGGAGAGGGUGGAGAGGAGGAUCUGAUGGUUCACAGUAUCAAAGGCAGCAGAUGGGUCUAGAAGGACGAGAGCAGAGGAGAGAGAGUUAGCUUUAGCAGUGCGGAGAGCCUCCGUGACACAGAGAAGAGCAGUCUGUUGAAUGACCAGUCUUGAAACCUGACUGGUUUGGAUCAAGAAGGUCAUUCUGAGAGAGAUAGCUAGAGAGAUGGCUAAAGAUGGCACGCUCAAGAGUUUUGGAGAGAAAAUAAAGAAGGGAUACUGGUCUGUAGUUGUUGACAUCGGAGGGAUCGAGUGUAGGUUUUUUGAGAAGGGGUGCAACUCUCGCUCUCUUGAAGACGGAAGGGACAUAGCCAGCGGUCAAGGAUGAGUUGAUGAGCGAGGUGAGGUAAGGGAGAAGGUCUCCGGAAAUGGUCUGGAGAAGAGAAGAGGGGAUAGGGUCAAGCGGGCAGGUUGUUGGGCGGCCGGCCGUCACAAGUCGCAAGAUUUCAUCUGGAGAGAGAGGGGAGAAAGAAGUCAACGCAUAGGGUAGGGCAGUGUGAGCAGGACCAGCGGUGUCAUUUGACUUAACAAACGAGGAUCGGAUGUCGUCAACCUUCUUUUCAAAAUGGUUGACGAAGUCAUCCACAGAGAGGGAGGAGGGGGGAUUCAGCAGGGAGGAGAAGGUGGCAAAGAGCUUCCUAGGGUUAGAGGCAGAUGCUUGGAAUUUAGAGUGGUAGAAAGUGGCUUUAGCAGCAGAAACAGAGGAAGAAAAUGUAGAGAGGAGGGAGUGAAAAGAUGCCAGGUCCGCAGGGAGUCUAGUUUUCCUCCAUUUCCGCUCGGCUGCCCGGAGCCCUGUUCUGUUAGCUCGCAAUGAGUUAUCGAGCUACGGAGCAGGAGGGGAGGACCGAGCCGGCCAGGAGGAUAGGGGACAUAGAGAGUCAAAGGAUGCAGAAAGGGAGGAGAGGAGGGUUGAGGAGGCAGAAUCAGGAGAUUGGAGGGAGAAGGAUUGAGCAGAGGGAAGAGAUGAUAGGAUGGAAGAGGAGAGAGUAGCGGGAGAGAGAGAGCGAAGGUUGCGACGGCGCAUUACCAUCUGAGUAGGGGCAGAGUGAGUAGUGUUGGAGGAGAGCGAGAGAGAAAAGGAUACAAAGUAGUGGUCGGAGACAUGGAGGGGAGUUGCAGUGAGAUUAGUAGAAGAACAGCAUCUAGUAAAGAUGAGGUCAAGCGUAUUGCCUGCCUUGUUAGUAGGGGGGGGCGGUGAGAGGGUGAGGUCAAAAGAGGAGAGGAGUGGAAAGAAGGAGGCAGAGAGAAAUGAGUCAAAGGUAGACGUAGGGAGGUUAAAGUCACCCAGAACUGUGAGGGGUGAGCCAUCCUCAGGAAAGGAACUUAUCAAGGCGUCAAGCUCAUUGAUGAACUCUCCAAGGGAACCUGGAGGGCGAUAAAUGAUAAGGAUGUUAAGCUUGAAUGGGCUAGUGACUGUGACAGCAUGGAAUUCAAAUGAGGAGAUAGACAGUAAAGUGGUUAUCCCACUGACUAUAGGGUGAAUGCACCAAUUUGUAAGUCGCUCUGGAUAAGAGCGUCUGCUAAAUGACGUAAAUGUAAUGUAAUGAAAGAAAGAGAGAAUGUCCACUUGGGAGAGAUGAGGAUUCCUGUGCCACCACCCCACUGACCAGAUGCUCUCGGGGUAUGCGAGAACACAUGGUCAGACGAGGAGAGAGCAGUAGGAGUAGCAGUGUUUUCUGUGGUAAUCCAUGUUUCCGUCAGCGCCAAGAAGUCGAGGGACUGGAGAGUAGCAUAGGCUGAGAUGAACUCUGCCUUGUUGGCCGCAGAACGGCAGUUCCAGAGGCUGCCGGAGACCUGGAACUCCACGUGGGUCGUGCGUGCAGUGACCACCAGGUUAGAGUGGCAGCAGCCACGCGGUGUGAGGCGUUUGUAUAGCCUGUGCGGAGAGGAGAGAACAGGGAUAGACAGACACAUAGUUGACAGGCUACAGAAAAUGGCUACAAUAAUGCAAAGGAGAUCGGAAUGAAAUGAACUAAACAUCUGGGAAAGCGAGAGAGCGGGGCCUCCCUCACUUACGUUUCACUGAAACACCCAAAUAUAACUCUCCCAACUUCCACCUCAGAAACUAUAAUUGUUGUAAACUACAGUGGUUCAAUGUUUUCUAGGAAUAGACUAACUUAGUUUAUUCAGCUAGCUAACUUGGUACAGUAUUCUUCCGUGAAAACCGUCCAGGGCACCGAAUCCUAUGACGCCACAGCCAAUUAGCAUGCCAGCCUCCAACAACACGGUUUAGCACCAAUACUCGGCCACAACAAACCACCAGUUUGUCAACACGCCAAGCAGAUCAUUUGUGUCCGUGUCUAACGUUGUGUAAAGUUCUGGGUUAGUCCCGACAGCUUGAGCGAGUCCGUCGUCAACUUAUUCAGCCAAAACAUAAAGUCAAAAAUACAACAGAAAAUAUAUAUACAGUGUGUGCAAAUGUAGCAAGUUAUGGAGGUAAGGCAAUAAAUAGGCCAUAGUGCAAAAUAAUUACAAUUAGUAUUAACACUGGAAUGAUAGAUGUGCAAGAGAUGAUGUGCAAAUAGAGAAACUGGGGUGCAAAUGAGCAAAAUAAAUAAUAAUAAUAAUAUGCCAUUUAGCAGACGCUUUUAUCCAAAGCGACUUAUAGUCAUGCGUGCAUAUAUUUUUACAUAUGGGAUCGAACCCACUACCCUGGCGUUACAAACGCCAUGCUCUACCAAUUGAGCUACAGAGGACCAAAUAACAAUAUGGGGAUGAGGUAGUUGGGUGGGCUAAUUUCAGAUGGUCUGUGUCCAGGUGCAGUGAUCGGUAAGGUGUUCUGACAACUGAUGCUUAAAGGUAGUGAGGGAGAUAAGUGUCUCCAGCUUCAAAUAUUUUUGCAUUUCAUGCAUUUGUCAUGUUAUCAUUUGAAUCCCCUAUGCUCUGCUGUCUGAAUCCUCUCACAUGAUUUUCUUCUUCUCGCGUUGUCUUUAUUGUUGGCAGACAGGAAAAGGGAGGAGUAUGAUGUCAUGGGAGUUGUAAUUUCCCCUCAGCGCCCAAUCAUGGCUUUUUGCGCUGGUUUUGUGUAUUUUCUAAUCUCAACCGCCUGGGUAGGGCCUCCGCGGGCGGGGGAGAGAGAUGGAAAGGCGGGGGCUGGUGCCGCAUCCUGUUCUCAGCUAGUCGUGAGAAGAGGAAACGUGGCCAGAUUGAAGAGGAAACCGAGAGAAACGCGCUUUAGAACAACAUUGUUGAGGUUUACAGGGAGAUACUAACAAUACUAGCAGUCUGAUUACUCUACACCCUAUCUGUGAAUUAAAGUUUCUGUAGUUACUUCAUGUUUAUUAUAGCGGGAUAUAAUUUUUGAUAUAAAUUGUGUUAUUAAACGGGAAACGACGCCUAUUAGCGCUCCAAUCAAAACUGAAUGAGAUACAACCUGACAAAUUGUAGAAAAUUCUAAUCGCAACAUCGUUCCAGAGUCUAUACAUCGUUCCAGAGUCUAUACAUCGUUCCAGAGUCUAGACAUCGUUCCAGAGUCUAACGUUACAUUGCAACAUUUUGAUCAUGGAAGACGCGGUCAGUGGUUCGCAUAAGAGCCCAUCCUUCGAGAAGACGUGGGGCAGCUCCACCAGUAGCGGAUACUGCAGUGGGGACUCGGAUUCUGAGUUCGAACAGUACUUUACAGCUCGCACAUCAUUCAUUUGCAAACCCAAGAAAGAGAAGGUGAGAAUGAUAACUUUAUCAAGCCAACAGGACUAUGUCAAAUGCUUACCACACUGUUUCUAUUUAGAAACUUUCUGUAACUGUUUCUUUCGUUAUAGUUGCAUUAUAGUUUAUGAUUAUUCACUCAUAGCAUUAUGAAGUGAUUGCUGUAGUAGCCCUAGUAACUCUACCAUGGUUCCUUUUUCUAAAAUGUUAAUUGGGAUCUGCUGUACCUCUGAUAGGGUGGCAGGUAGCUUAGUGGGUAAGAGCAUUGUGCCAGUAACCGAAAGGUCGCUGGUUCUAAUCCCCGAGCUGACUAGGUGAAAAAUCUGUCGAUGUGCCCUUAAUUAAGCAAGGCACUUAACCCUAGUUGCUCUGGAUAAGAGUGUCUGCUAAAUGACUAAAAUGUAAUUAAAACACGUGUAAAACAACACUUUACACAUGAUACUCUACCUCUUAUUACGUUUCUGUACACACACACACUAGUCAUGUAGCUUACGGUUCAGUGUUCUACUCUCAUAUCUGAACAAACAUUACACUAACAAAGGUUGCACACACAAGUCUGCGUACAAGCCUGCACACAUAUCUCUGCAGGGUUUGAAUGAGUAAUGGCAAAAUAAGAUCAUGUUUGAUUAACUAAUAUUUCCACAUCAUCUUGAAUGUUAUUAUACAGAGUACAGUACAAAAUGAUAAUGGCACCGUGAACAUUAGUGACUCCUUAGUAGACUGUACCGGCUCUCAUUUUGUGAUUGCCUAUUUAGUAGUUAACUGCAGGACAUCAUUUUUUAAAAAACAUUUUAGUCAUUUAGCAGACACUCUUAUCCAGAGCGACUUACAGUUAGUGAGUGCAAACAAAAAACGUUUUCAUACUGGCCCCCCGUGGGAAUCGAACCCACAAUCCUGGCAUUGCAAGCGCCAUGCUCUACCAACUGAGCUACACAGGACCAUUAACUCUGCAGCUUUUCAAUCUGCAUUAGGAUAUAGGUUAUUGAUCUGUUUUAUUGAUCUGUAUUUUUCACAGCUUGACAUUGCUUUAUGUAGUUGUGGUGCUCCAUGAAUUAUGGGCAGCUGUGGCCAUUCAUUUCUACAAAGUGUAAACAUCAGCUAACUCUCCUUAUUAGAAACAUGAUUAGUGGGAUAUACAAUACAGGAGCAAUCUAGUUUUGAAUGCCACCAUUGAAGAGUUAUUUGUCCCUGUGAUUUUCCUACUGAAUUAGCUGUUUUUCUUGUGACUUUGUCCCAGAGGAGAGCUCAUGUUGUGUGCUGAUGGUAGCACAAGCCAGGGGGAUUUAUGGCUAUUGAUCUAUGGAUUACCCCCCCCCCCCCUCCACGAAAAGCAGCUAUAGUUGGUCCCCUAAUGCACUGUUUCCCAACCCUUGUCCUCAAGUGCCCCCAACAGUACACAGUUUUGUUGUAGCCCUUGACAAACACACCUCAUUCAACUCAUUGAGGACUUGAUGAUUAGUUGACAAGUUGAAUCAGGUGUGCUUGUCCAGAGUUACAAUAAAACAUGUAUUCUGUUGGGGGUACUCGAGGACCAGGGUUGGAAAACACUGCCCUAAUUGAUGCCUCUAAGUUUUGUGCAUCAUAUGUCCUGAAUAACAUUCUCACAUAGGAAGCAUGAACGGACCAUUAGACACAGGAAGUGGAUACUGUGUGUCCAUACCAGACAUUUAAAUGUCUUGCAGAUGCUGGAGGCUAAAUGUUCAUUGCUGAAAGAUGACUGAGAUUCUGUGGAAGAUGAGGCAGCUGACUUCACAGGAUAUGCCUGUAAAACAGAGGAAGGCUUUGUUUCUGACUCUCGGGGGGGGGGGGGGGGGGGGUAUUUUUUACAUGAACAGCAUUAAGGAAUGCAGCCCAAAGCACUUGCAUACAUUACAAACAGCUGCACGUUCCCCCAUGGCGCCUCCCUCUUCAGUGAUAGGAGUUCAGGAACUAGGAUUGGACAGCGCUGACAUCAUUGUUCUCCACUACUUCCCUAUCGUAGGCUAUGGCUACGUUGACACUUGACAGGAAGUUUGGAAUCUGAUGCAACCGGGGAUAAUUUGUGAACGAAGGAGUGGAGCUUACAGGAAGUUAGCACUGUGAAGCAUAGGCUGCUAUUUAGCACAUUUGCUAACUCUCCAUUAUACAGCAGCAACAAGUCCUGAAGAAGCAGCAAUGUUUCUCAUUCAAUACCAUUUUGACUUACACCAGUUUAGUGCUUCCUUCCUCUCAGCUACUGCGGGCCAAAACCCAUCUAGUCCACCUCUAUGAAUUUUAAUUAGACUGAUGUCUCAGCUCAAGCUUUCUUAACUAAAUGUUUAGUUGAAUUGGUCGAUAUGUCAUGCCUCAACUGUCCCGCUAAUCUAUUUGAGUUUUUUUCAAUAUGAAAUGUUGUGGGGCGUUAGUUUGCCCCUAUAGGCCCACAUAACACAUUUCUUACAGGCAGAAUUUUACAUGCAACACAUUUAACCUUGGCUCUCUGUUGACACAUAGUGGUAGAACACAAAAGCCUCCCAAGAUCACCCUUUUUUUGUCUUUCGCCUUUAGGAAGAUGAGUGAGUAAGCAAAAUGGAAAGAGGGUUUUACGGCUGCUUCGACAAAGUGAAGUGUAGCCAAUUAAUGGCUUAUUGAAAUAUUGACUCCCUUUUCUCUCUCUCUGGUCAGGAUGAACAGGUCAAAUGUGGGAAGCAGCAGGAGCUGUCAGGCACAGAGAUCCAGCAGAAGGUGAAGGAGUACAACGCUCAAAUCAACAGCAACCUCUUUAUGAACCUGGUGAGUACUAACAAGUUGCUGUUAUACCAUUGUAGUAACAUUGUAAUUAAUCUAGUAAUUACCAUGUUUUUAUACAGUAAUUCAGUAAUUGCUCAGUUACAAUACUGCAGAAUUACCCCAAAAAUGUAAUGUCUACUAUGCAAUAACAUGUUGAUAGAUUGUGUUAAUGUUAAGUUGUAUACCAACAUUUAUUCAUUCUCUUCAACAGAACAAAGAUGGCUCCUACACUGGCUUCAUAAAGGUCCAGUUCAAGCUGGUACGACCCGUGUCAGUUCCCCCACCAAGAAAAGGUACUACAACACAGGAUGGUGCGGGCAAGAAGAAUGGGGGAGUAAAACGUUGCACCUCUUUCUACCUGCCCAAGGAUACAUCCAAACACCUACACAUCAGCUCCCGCACACGCGCUCGUGAGGUCAUCGAAGCCUUGCUGAAGAAGUUCACCGUGGUGGACAACCCUGGAAAGUUUGCCCUGUUUGAGCGCACUGAGCGUCAUGACCAAGGUGAGCCUACCUCUGUGACCGGUUUCAUGGCAGCACAUGACUGGUCUUUGUUCUGCAUUGACAUCACAUAGAUAAAUACUAAGAAGUGCCAUACAGUUGAUUAAUUCCAUUGUCCUCCUCCUGUAUUUAUCUCAGUGUACCUGCGUAAGCUGUCUGAUGACGAGCGUCCACUCCACCUGCGUCUGUGUGCUGGACCCAAUGAGAAAGCCCUCAGUUUGGUGUUGAAAGAGAAUGAGACUGGAGAGGUCAACGUGAGUAUUGAGCAUGCAUUGGGCAUUCAUUCUCAAACCAACAUGGCCAUUUCACAUUGUGCAGCAUACAAAAAUCCUCUGUCUCUCUCCUCUCUCUGUCCAGUGGGAUGCCUUCUCUAUGCCAGAGCUUAAGAACUUUGUCCGCAUGCUACAGCGUGAGGAGGAGGAGCAUGUCAAGCAGAUUGUGCAGCGCUACGCUCUGGCCCGCACCAGGAUGCAGGAGGCCCAAUCUGCUGCUUCCACCCCUAGUGGUUCCUCCCCUGGUGGUUCCACCCCUGGCUGA